GGCACGAAUGCGAGGCGGGAGGAGAGCGGCAGGGAUUCGCACCCGAUGCCGUCUGUGCAGACCGUGGGAGCCGGCGACAACAGCUGGAAUGGAAUCAAUGCCACAGGUCCUGGCGGCUGGUGGUCGGGAGGGCUUGCCCAACGAGUUUGGUUUCCUCCGCAAUUCGCCGCUGCGGCACCGUCCCCAUCUCUCGAUGUCUUGGAAUUGCGCUCGGCAACGGCUCGAUAAUGCUCUGUGCUCUGAAGCAUUCGUCGUCGCCGAACCAACACAUUUCCAGAUUGCUGCUCCUUAUCUGAUGUCAUUUUGCGCAUCUCGACUUGUACCCGCGGCUGCUGACUCUCAUCGACCCCGACCAUCCGCAACUUUCCAGAGACCCACACCCUUGUCAAGCCGGUCAUGAACGCUACGGAUGCGCCAAAUACAAAACACUCGGCCUCCGAGGCCAUCGCAGCAACCGCACUCAUUCAAAUAGCCACUCUCCCGCCCCCGCAAUGCGCUCAGCGGCCGCUGACACCUCGCUCGUCGGGCGAUGUGUCGCCCAGACGGUCAGCAAGCCAAGCCAUCUCGCCGAACCAUCACCUUCGCUCCAGCCCAAACCAUAACCAGAGCCAAGUUCCCGACCCUUUCCACACGCCUACCCGGAAGCGGCAACAGAAUCCGAUGCUGAUGCUUACGCCUGUCUCCCCCGGCCAUGUGCGCCAGGUCUCGUCCCAAGCGAGCGAGCCGCCGAGCCGCCCUCACCACGAAACGCACCAUACCCAUCAAGCUCCUGCCGCCCUUUCCGUCUCGCCUCAGCCCACGAGUGCCGACCCUGGAUCGUUGGUAAGCCCAUCUAUCCGGCACGAAGGCCUCGGCAUGCCCCUGCCGCUGCCACGGCCGAUGCGCGAGCCCUUCCAGCGAGAGUCCUUCAAGUUUGUCAACGAGUCCAUCUCGCCGAAAUUCUCUCCAGACAAGAACGCCAACCCGACGUCGCAGCGGGGGCCUGCUUCCCGUGCCCUCCAGAACAUUGUGUUCCACUCGCACCAUCACGAUAGCAAACCCAAGCGUCACCGGCUCAACAAGUUUCAGCUGGACGUCCUCAACAUGGUCUUCGAGAGGGCCUUCUAUCCAAGCGCGGCUACUCGUGAGGCACUGGCGGCCAAGCUCGAUAUGGAGCCCAAGGCGGUGCAGGUGUGGUUCCAGAACCAGAGACAGAACUGGCGGGGCAAAGUCCAAAAGACACAAGACCCGAGCCAAAAGGACCAGGAUCUCGUCAGCUCUGAGGCCAGUGCCCCUUCGAGCGAUGCCCCGGUGCCGGCUCGGCCGCGCGGAAAGCGCCAGUCGGCAAAGAACACCCUCAAGCGAGAGGACGCUCACGAAGGCAAGGAUGUCGAUCUCGACGAGAUCUUUGCCCAGCUCUCACGCCCCCAAGGCGAUCAACCCGUCGACAUCUCGGUUCCCCGUACGCCGUCUCCGCGUCCCCAGCCGCUGUCAUAGAUUCAGUCGGCCGGACCAUCAAGUCGCAACCUCCCGCUGUUGUCUGAUCGAGACCCAAGGCACUCCCGGCGAGCCACCGCCGCGUGAUGUCUGACCAUUCCAGCACAAUUGUAGUCGAAACCUUUGCGUAGCCCAACGGGCCACCCAGACAUCGGAUCCGGCGUCCUUUGCCAAUCUGCCUGCAUCUAUCUCGGAGCUGUGGCCGCUGCUGCAUUACCCUGGCUACUGACAACCGCGUGGGCCUGUCUGCGGUCGGCGGUCUCAUCGACAUCGAUCAUUCCUCCCCUGUAUCCUGCUUUGGGCUUUGGCCUGCUACUUUGAAAUAUGAUACGCUGGCUGCACAGA